ACGUGGAGUCUAGUGAGAUCAGCGUCACGCGUGCGUGCGCGCAAAUGUUGAUACAGAAAUUUCCUAGAAUCUAUGGAGAACCGCGGGCGAGAUCGCUCGUGGAGAACACGGUGAAAGUCCCGAUUGGAGGAGGGGAUCAUUGGGGAUGGCGCGAGAACUUCACGCGUGUCUCGUUCGCUACUUCGCGCGUCUAGUGAGGUUGGAUGACAAAUGGAGAGAAUUAUCGAGGAAGGCUGAGCGACCGCUCGAGUGCCUGGCUAAUCGGACCGAGCAAUUGCGCCAUGUCAUGAACGAAGAAAUAGAAGGAGCGGAAGAAAGCAUUGAUCAGGAAACGCGGGAAAGAUUAAUAUUUAAAAUCCUUAUGGGUCUCGAGGAAGAAAUUGCGCUUUUGUCAGAUAUUUUGACGCAAUUUAAUGACGCAAAUCAGGAUUUGAAGAAUUACUUGAUUAAUUUGGAAAACACCAGAAGCAAGGUAUCUUUAAAGGACGAAGCGAUGCAAGAGUUAAUCAAAGGGACGCCUUAUCAACCAACACUCGAGCUACUCUUGGAAUGGGCCGUGGAGGGUUUCCAGUUUUUCCACAACAUGUAUCUUCGUAUCAGCGAUUGUAUGAGAUUAAUUGAUUACAAAACAGAGGAGACUGUCGACAAUCUGAUCUCGUCUUUUGCGGAAGAGAAGCGUGGGAGGAGGAAUAUUAAUAGGAUUCUCGCAUUUACACAAUUUCUAGCUAAGGAAACUCUUUCUUAAGAAGACGAAGAUACAUGAAUCCAAUAAAGAAAAACCUUCAAAUGAAUACAAUUAAUUAAUUAUAAAGAAAUUUUAUAUACAUAAAUUUAUAUAAUAAAUUAUAAUUAUUAACCAAA